ACACACACAACACACACACAUAAAUCCACACACCACCAUUCCCCUCUCUCUCCUCCUCCUCUAACUUUACUUCUCUCUCAUUCUCAGAUAAAUAAAGCCACCGUCACCACCAUCAUUGUGAGGAGCUAACAACAUCUUUGUAUUCGUUGGUUGCAUUUCCGUCCAUCGCCACCUGCGAAACAAACACAAUAUUAUCGUCAUUCCUCUCUUAGCAUUAUUAAGCUCUUGUUUCAUUGGAACUUGAAUUUUUUACGUAUUAAUGGGGAGGAAGAGCAAUGGAAGGGUUUCGAGAAUUGGCAGUUACGCGAUAGCUUCAUCAAUUACGGAUGCAACUUGUUUUUCUUGCACGACUUUCAACAUCCUUGCUCCUAUUUACAAAAGACUCAAUCACGAGGAUCCUAAAUGUAGAGAAAGCGACGUUAAGCAAAUUUGGCUUAAGAGAAAUAAAAGGAUUUUGGAUUGGUUACUGUGUGAAAGAUCUUCUAUUAUCUGCCUUCAGGAAUUUUGGGUUGGGAAUGAAGAGCUUGUGAGUAUAUAUGAUAAGAGGCUUGGAGAUGCUGGUUAUGACAGUUUCAAGCUCGCCAGGACAAAUAAUCGAGGCGAUGGUCUUUUGAUUGCUGUGCAUAAGGACUACUUCAGGGUCAUCAACCACAAAGAGCUGUUGUUCAAUGAUUUUGGUGACCGUGUUGCUCAGCUACUCCAUGUCGAGCUAAUUCCUCGCUUUUCUCAAUGUCGAAGCAAUUGCAUACGCCAGGAAAUUCUCAUAGUGAACACUCACCUGUUGUUUCCACAUGAUUCAAGUUUGUGCUUGGAGCGGUUGCGCCAGAUCUACAAAAUAUUGCAAUAUGUGGAGUCAUACCAGAAAGACAAAAAACUCAACCCCUUACCAAUCCUACUAUGUGGUGACUUGAAUGGGAGCAAGAGUGGACAUGUUUACAAGUUUCUAAGGUCUCAAGGAUUCAUUUCCUCGUACGAUGCUGCCCAUCUGUAUACUGAUGCAGAUGCACACAAGUGGGUGAGCCACCGUAAUCAUCGUGGAAAUAUUUGUGGUGUGGAUUUUAUAUGGCUUCUUAAUCCCAAUAGAUAUAGGAAAUUACUUAGAACAAGUUGGGGUGAAGCAUUAUCAGGAUUGCUCAAGCAUCAACUAAAGCGAACCUUACGCACAGAGGACAGUGCAUUUGCGUUCCUAAAGGGGAACGGCCAUGGCCACGACAUUGCGUACUUUGACUUUUGUGAAGCAUUGCAGCAGCUUAAUUUGAUUGGCCAUUGUUAUGGGCUGCAUACUGAAGAGAUACGGGAACUUUGGGUGCAAGCGGAUAUGGAUGGAAAUGGUGUCCUGGACUAUGAAGAAUUUAAGCAACGGAUUUGGAAUGCAUACUCGGGGCAAGGGGAAAAAGUGAGUGAGGGGUGUGUCCGGGGCGACUCUAUCUUUGGCACAGAGCAAACAAUCGGAUUCAGCAUCAAGAAUGCAGUCCUCUUCCCUACAGAGGUAGAGAAAGGGUUGUGGCCUGAGGAUUACUCUCUUUCUGAUCAUGCUCGACUAACAGUGGUGUUCUCGCCAGUGAGAAUGCCACGCUCUCAACUGGCAUUGUGAUGGAUAGAUGGAUCUUGAUGAUCAAAGAUAAAGAUUGUGAUUUUUUGGGGAAGGCAUGGUUAGAGUAGUACGAUAGAGAUGGAAGUAGAUGAGUAGGCAUAUUCUUUAUAGUUGAGUUAGACCGUCUCGUGUUAGAGUGUAUGUCUAUAGAAGCUUUUUUGUUGGUGUAAAUAGUAGACAAGUUGGAGGAGUCUAACUUAUACACUGUUGUUGUUCACCCCAAGACAAGACUUAUUGCCCAUUUUUUAUGCUAUUUUUGGCAACUAAUAUACGAUCUCAUUAUCUCUCUCUCAUGAA